AUGGCCCCUCCCGCAGCCUCGUCUGAGGGUACUACUACCCAAUCAGACCUUGGCGACACUGACGACAGUCCAUCAUCCUUCUUAGACCCUUCGACUGACAUGGGCCGACUGGAGCCAAGACAGGAGAUGGUGUUUCUCUCCAACCGCGCGACACUAGAGCCCCGUUCGGCGGCAUUAUCUGGAGGGGGGAUCGCUGGCGUCGUUGUUGGGGUCAUUGUUGCCGUCUUUCUCGCUGUAGUUUGCGCCUACCCCUUCAUCAUCCGGCGUAGACGAGCCAGGAAACAUGGAUUGUCCCAACGUCUCGACACGGAGACGGCCUUCGUCUCCGGACCGAUUGGUCCUCCGGGACAGGCGCCGGCGCCCGGACCCGAGGCCCAUAGUCGUCUGUCAUCGAAAGAUUCGUUAGGCCAUAAGACCGACACCUUGCGAGGCACGGAAAGACAAUCUACCAGGGACACAGCUUUAUCGUCUCAUAAUGGCGUCGAUCGCCCUCCGAGCGAUGAGUUGGCCAACUAUCACCAGCGCGGCUUCACCGGCGACAGCACCCAACCGAGUGUAAUGACAAGACGCGGCACCACCGAGUAUUCCUUCGGACGCGCCCCUACUUGGAAGAGCGAGGCAUCUUAUCCAUGGACGCCUGCUAAUCUUGAGCUGGUUGCCACUCGGGCUGACGGAAUGGACUAUGCUGAUGCCAAUCAUGGCCACAGCGCAACCUACUACAGCCCGACUAUUCCUUCCGAGGCCUUUGGCAUGGUCACACCUCCUCCCACCGAUGAACAUCUGACCAGAGCGCCGCCUCCAGCGCGGUCCAGUUCACAGGGAAGCUCACUGAAGCUGAACCUGACGAAUCUGAUGCGCCGCAUGAGCACCAAGGAUUCCCCUUCUACCCGCCCGAAGGGUCAGUCAAUACAGCCCUCGCAGCCCUCGCAGCCCGUUGUGAGCGAAACACUGUCGGAGUCUCCUAUCGAAGUCACUGGCGGGUCAUUCCGUGGGCCAGUUUCCGCGGCCGUGUCAGCUCGUCAACUAGCCUCGCCUAUCCACCUGCCUGUUAGUCCCAUGUCGGAGCCGGGUGAAGUUGAUCACGCUCAAGAGCUUGAGGCGAAAAGAAGCGCCAAACACACUGAAUCGCCUCCCAUUUUGCCCCCCAUUGUAGCCGCACCGGGAACCGUGAACCCCAUGGAUAUAAUGGCACCGUCAAACCCGACAGAGCAUCACUGGCAUACCAAUCAGCAACUAUAUCAGAUAGCCAAUUCGCCACCCAGACCAACCGCUAUUAUUACCAAGCCGGCCCCAGAACCACCACAGCCGUCGCAAGCUCCUACACCCCAAUCCCCUCCAGAGCAAUUCUCCGAGCAGCAGCAGCAGCAGCCAUUCCCGUCAGAGAAGCAACAGGAGUCGAUUGAAUUACCAGGAUUAUACAAGAACCCACACGCCCAAACGAACGGGUGGAACAGCGCGAAUACUAUUACUCAUGAUCAUCGGAUGGACGACGCUGCUCGCCACGUUGACACUACCCACCUUAUGCCUGGUCACAACCAACACAACCAACACUAUCUCGACGGAGAGAUGACGGAUCCGUCCGAACACUCGCCGCCGAUGCUGGGUCACGCCAGUUCUGGGCCAUCAAAUCAGAGCACUCCAAACACACAAAUCGACAGCAGCCCGUCUCCAAGAUCAGAAGGCAGCUCAGACAUCCGUAACAGCACAUCGCCUUACCCGGGACUGCAACCUUCCCCUCGAACGUUCAUCUGUGACGAAUGCGGCAGAUUCUUUGACCAAGUUCAUAAACUCAAGUAG